AGCACACAGAGGUCAGUCUUCUAACUUUCUUAAUUGUCAACCUAACCUUUAUGUCCCUAUCGCAUAUAAUAGUACAAUACUCUUUCUUUGUUCCGUCUGCAGUUUCUAUACCCCUUCGGUUGCAAAGUCUCUCCUUUUCCUCGGCUCUCCCCGUUAACUUGCCCCAAAUACCUCAAGUUGAACAAGGGAGUCAGAUUUACUCAUUAAUGCAUUCCAGCUCUAACAACUUUACAACCCUCAUGCAGACCAACAAGUGCUAACAUUGUGUCCUUUGUCAGAACCCUGGUCCCUUAAGUCUCGAGACCUUUCAACACCGCCAGUCAUGGCAAAGACGCUCCGACUCGGAGCUCGGCUCCGCUACCCCAUUACUAUAUCCAAAUUCCUCAAAAACCACGGCGACGAUGUCUCCAAGCAAGAGCCUAUCCUUCGAUAUACCUUUCAGUAUACGCGCAGCGUUGGCGACCCGAGUAAAAAUGAAGAACAUGAGAUAGAAGAAACAGGUGUCGCAGAUUGGGACAGCCCUGCCGAGGGUAAGGUUAAGCAAUGGCGGGUUAAGAUAGGAGAAGUGAUUAAGAAAGAUCAGGAUCUUGUCACCAUCGAAGAGUCCUGCGGCCACGAAGUACAAUACGCUGGUCUUUGCGCCAUAUGCGGUAAAGAUAUGAAGGAGGCUACCUACGCCAGUGAAUCGCUCGAUACCGAACGCGCUACAGUCGCCAUGGUACACGAUAACAUCGCCCUUACUGUCAGCGCGGACCAAGCUGCACGCGCCGAAAUGCAAUUGCAACGCCGAUUGCUCCAAGACCGCAAACUCAGUCUUGUUGUCGACUUGGACCAGACAAUUAUCCACGCUUGCAUCGACCCUACCGUAGGUGAAUGGCAACGCGAUCCGUUAAAUCCCAACUAUGAAGCCGUCAAAGAUGUGCGCAGCUUUCAGCUCGACGACGGCCCCCGUGGUGCGGCCAGUGGCUGUUGGUAUUAUAUUAAGAUGCGCCCAGGCCUAGCCGAAUUUCUCGAAAGAAUAUCCCAGCUAUUCGAGCUACACGUUUAUACAAUGGGCACACGCGCAUAUGCUCUCAAUAUCGCCAAGAUUGUCGAUCCGACACAAAAACUCUUCGGUAAUCGGAUCAUUAGCCGAGAUGAGAACGACAGCAUAACAGCCAAGAGUCUACAACGAUUGUUUCCCGUCAGUACUAACAUGGUCGUGGUCAUCGACGAUCGAGCCGACGUCUGGCCACGGAAUAGAUCGAAUUUAAUCAAAGUCACUCCAUAUGAUUUCUUCACGGGCAUUGGAGAUAUCAACUCCAGCUUCCUACCUAAACGCCAAGAUAUAAUAGCCGCACCACCACCCCCCGAGACGAAGCCGGUCAAUGGUAACACCGCACGACCAAAUGUCAAUGGAAGCGAUACGGCAAAUCCCAUACCUGAUCACGAAAAAGCAUUAGCUAAUGGCAACGAUGAGAAUGCGAUUCUACAGCUACGAGCAGAAGAGCAAGAACGUACCCUUGAGAAACAGCUCAAGGAUCGUCCCUUGCUUCAUCUGCAGGAAGAGUUGGAUAAAGUGGAUGAAGAGACCGAGAAGUCGGUAGAGAACGGUGACAGUCCAGAACCCUCUACAAAUGGAGAGUCGGAAAGUCCAUCACAUCAACGACAUAAACUUUUACGCGAUGACGAUAGAGAACUUAAAUUUCUCGAACAGCAUCUAGCCAAACUUCAUCGUUCGUUUUACGAACAAUACGACGCUCGAUGUGCGAAUCGCCGGCCUGGUGACAUCGUGCCCGAUGUGAUUCCAGAUGUAGGAUCAACCCUGAACUUCCUCAAGUCGCAAAUUCUUAAAGGCUCGAAACUUGUGCUUUCUGGUCUGGUCCCGUUGGAUGUCGACGUACGUAGGAGUGAAAUUGGAAUGCAAGCCGAAAGUUUUGGUGCCGAGAUCCGGACACGCGUGAGCGAUGAGGUUACCCAUCUCAUUAUUAACAUCACACGCCCGCGAACUCAAAAGGUCCGCCAGGCGGCACGCAUCCCUACGAUCAAAAUAGUCAACCAAAAUUGGCUUGCGGAGUCCAUCGCACAGUGGGCGAGGCUUGAUGAGACGCCGUAUCUCAUACAAGUACACCCUGCCGAUCGAAAUGCCGAAACACCGUUGGAGGAAGGCUCAGCUUCGCCUCCCCGGCCAAAAAUUACCAUCGUCACCUCAGGUCGUCAAUUAUUUGAGGAGCAAAUGAACGACGCUGCCGAUGACGGCGACGCGGAUGGCUCAGGGGAUGAUGAGGAGGAGGAAGAGGAGGAAGAGGAAGACGAUGACGAUGAUGAUGGGGACGAAGAGUUCCACGACAGAUACAAUGUAAUGCCGCCUGAUAUCGGAGACGGCCAGCAUAGUCCUAUAGACGAUCUCGAUGGGAUGGAAUGGGGUGAUGUCGAUAAGGAGCUCGAGGAGUUCAUGGGAUCGGAUAUGGACGACUCGGAUUUCGAAAGCACGCAGGGGACGGACCGCGGCACGGAUGCAGAAUCGGAGGAGCCCAAGAGUAAAAAGCGUAAGCUGGGCGACGAGGAUGAUGAAGAUGAUGGUAGCGAAGAGGCUGGCGGAAGCGUGUUAGCCAAGAAACAGCGCAUCGCGAAAGCGAGGACUACAGGUCUUCGGAACGUCAGAAACGCUACCGACGAGGAAGACGAAGAGGAUAGCGGGUUGCCAACGCCGAUGGGUACGGGCGACGAAGAAGAUGCGGCGCGCGAAGCCAAUGCCAAGGGUAAUGGGGAAGUUAGCGGCGAAGACGAUGACGACUUUGCCGACCUGGAAGCCGAGCUAGAAGCUGAAUUACAAGCAGCAGGCGAAGGUGGUUGACUGACUUAUCGACCUUACCUAUAAAACUUGAUGCGGACUGGGACUUGGUAGAGGCAAGAGGAAGCGUUUGUUUUGAUAGGUUUGUCCGUCUGUAUCACGAGUGGACGAAUGCAUGACUCUGGCGGCGCAUAAAAACAGGCACAUCAUCAUAAUCAUUUUCAUCAUCAUCAUCAUUAUGCUGUAAGGGGUAUUUUUUUUUUCAUCACGCUCGGACAUGAUAUACUUGUCUCAAUUUCAAUGGGUGUUUAUACUUGACCGAAUGUGUCUAAGGGGAGUUAUUUUUCGUAGGCGGCAGACACAUAGGAGUCUAGGAGUGCAGGCGGGCAUUAUGUGUGAUACCUACCGGAAUUAAGGAGGGCUGGUUUUGCUUGGAAGGUUUUGCAUAGCGAUUUAUUUAGUUGGGCUGCUUGACGACAAUUUGGUAAAGGAACCUUUUCUCUAUGUGGAUCUAUUAUCAACUGUACUAUGUUAUCAACUGUACUAUGUAUUAAUUGAAUAGUUGACUGAGCGUAGUCGAGGCAAUUCAUAUAAGAUAUUCAUAUAAGGUACCUAG